AUGGACCAAGUGGCAAAAUGUCAUUCACUUCUUGUGCUCAUUUAGCACCUUAUUUGAACUAGAGGGUGGUGGGCUGUAAAUUAUGGCUAAUGAAAAAGUUUAUAAACAGAAGUUUGAAAGAUGAAAUCCCACAAAUGAAACUACUUUUUUUCUUUAUCUGUGUAAACUUUUGAUCAUCUGAGUGUCUUCUUUUACUGAAUUUAAAGCAAAAUUUCAUGAAAAGGUUUGAUUUUUAUGUUGUUUUCUUCAAUGUCUUUUGAUAUUAGUUAAAUCUUGAGUUUAUAAACAACACCCACCAAAUAUUUCUUUCUUACUAAUUCAUCACAGUGAGUUCAAUUCAAGAUUCUUGAACUUUGAUGAAGUUUUUCAAUUUUGUCACAGUUUGUUCAAAGAAUAAUAAUCUUUUGAAAAUUGAUCUUGUAAUAAAUUUGUUGUUGAAUUGGUGAAAGUGUUAAGGAGGUUUGGGUUGAGGUUUGAAGUGAUCUGGGAGAUGGGAUUGGGUAGUCUUCUUACUCCCACAGUCGGUCCACCGAUAAAAAAGCGAGCGGGUUUGAGAAGGAAACAAGCAGGAAGAGGUUCUUACAGGGGUAGUUAGAAGUUGCAAAGGGUAGAAAGGUCAUUUUAGUUUGUGUUUUGGGGGGUGGGGGUGUUCAUAGUUGGUUAACAUUAGUGGGGAAGAAGAUGAUGGGUGGUGGUGGUGAAUUGCACCAACAACUCAGGAAUCUAUGUUUUAACACUGACUGGAAGUAUGCUGUUUUUUGGAAACUCAAGCAUCAACCUCAAAUGAUGUUGAGUUGGGACGAUGCUUACUGUAACGAUAAAGAGAAAAACGACUGUUCGGAGAUCAACAACCGGUUCACUAACGCGAAUGACAACUUGAAGGACGAGUGGUAUCCACAAGAUCAUCUUGGAUUGGCUAUUGCAAACAUGUCUUAUCGCGUAUAUUCUAUUGGGGAAGGGGCCGUUGGACGGGUUGCAGCUACGGGUAAACAUCAAUGGAUUUCAGGGCUUCAACUUGUUAAUAGUUUGUGUUCUAUAGACGAGCAUUCUGACGGAUGGAAAUCGCAAUUUAUAGCCGGGAUCAGGACAAUCGUUUUCGUUGCGGUUGGUUCGUAUGGAGUUGUACAACUCGGCUCUUUAAAAACCAUCACCGAAGAUUUGAAGCUCGUGAACCAUAUUCGAGAGAUCUUUUUUGAGCUACACGACCCUUCUCCUUGCGUGACAGAAAUUUCCACAAGUUCAGGUUCAGUGAGAUUUCACAAACAUGUACGCGAUCAAGAUAGAACAGUGGAUAAGUGGACGAAAGUUGAAACGAUCACCGAUCGUCAAGAAAACGAAAACCCGAUAUCAGAUCUCGUCCAAUCUACAACUUGCAACGAUCAAAGCUGGGGGGAGUUCAUGCCAACAAUUUCAAACAGCGGAAUGCUAAAUAACCCAGAAACCGAAACUAACAAUUCUUUCAAGUUUCCUGCUGGAUGUGAGCUGUAUGAAGCAUUAGGACCCACAUUUUAUAAGCAGAACGAUUGUUUCGAUUGGGAAACGGUCACAACCGAGACCCUAACCGUUGACCAGACGGCUGGAGACACAAGAAGUACGCAUUCACAAAGAUCAGGCUCUGAAAACCUCUUAGAAGCAGUUGUUGCUAGUGUUUGUUGCAGUGACAGUGACACUAAAUGGUCAAAGUCAUCUGGUCAACCAGUCGUCAAACCCCUUUCACGGCUGCAACAGACUCCUAGUGAUUUGCAAACCAGUGGCUCGAUUUGUUACUCGUUUGAGCGUUCUUUACAAGGCUUCUCAUCGGCUAGUGUUAGUAGAUGCAGUGAGCAAAUAAACAGGCCCCGAGAACCGGCUAAGGCCGGUAAAAAACGAGCUAGACCCGGUGAAAGCGGUAAACCCCGACCCAGAGAUAGACAAUUGAUUCAAGAUCGUAUUAAGGAACUCAGGCAGCUUGUUCCCAAUGGAUCAAAGUGUAGCAUCGACUCGCUUUUGGAACGAACGAUCAAGCAUAUGCUUUUCAUGCAAUGUAUCACGAAGCACGCCGAUAAGAUCGAUAAAUGUGCUGAGUACAAGUUGCUUGGGAGUCAGGAGCAGGGUUCAAGUUGGGCAAUGGAAGUCGGGAACGAGCUAAAACUAUGUCCAAUAAUCGUGGAAAAUAUUGGCACCGAGGGGCAAAUGCUGGUAGAGAUGGUGUGUGACGAAGGUGUCAAUUUUCUGGAGAUCACUGAAGCGGUCAGGAGCUUGGGUUUGACCAUUAUAAAAGGCGCAAUCGAUGCGUAUGGUGAUAAAACAUGGAUGUGUUUCAUCGUUGAGGGGGAGAAUAACAGAAGUAUUCAUCGGAUGGAUAUACUGUGGUCCCUUGUUCAGAUACUAGAACUGAAGACAAAGAAUUAAGCUUGUGAUUUUUCUUGUAGAGUGGUUGAUUUUUUUGCGCUCGGUGGUUUGUGUUUGAUACCUACUGUUUGACUUCGCGGGAUUUUCUUUUCGGGAAAUUACCAAAAUAAUCAUUUGACCAGUCAAAUUACCAAAAUAGAAAACAAGCCGGCUAAGCCUCCAAAUUUGCCGGCUUAGCCUCUAUUUUGGAAAAGUCAAGGUCAAACAGUCAAACUUGACUAUUUUGGUAAUUUUCUCUUUUCCUUUUUGGUGUUAUACUUUGCUGCAGGAUUGAUUUUUGUGAAUUUGCAAACAAUUUAAUAGUGAUUUGCGGUU